AUGGAGUGCACAUACAAGACAAACAAGUACAGGCAACCGUUGUUUGAAAUAGUUGGUAUGACAUCAACUAAAUUAACAUUUGCUGUUGCAUUUGCCUAUAUGGAAUCUGAGCAGACAGAGACUUUUUGUUGGGUAUUGGAUAAGUUGAAACAGUUGUUUAUCAAGCAGGAUGAUUGUCCUCAAGUAAUCUUGACUGAUAGAGAUCUUGCUUUAAUGAAAGCCAUUGAAACAGUAUUUCCAAAGACAACUAAUUUUCUUUGCCGAUUUCACAUCAACAAAAACGUGAAAUCAAAGUGUAAGGAACAUGUUGUGGAUGAUAUGCGAGAAACAGUGGAGAAAAUGUGGUUUGAACUUACAAGGGCUAGUGAUGAGAUGGAGUACCAUCAAAGGUUGAAACAACUUGAGGAUGCAUGUGUUGACUCCAAAGGUUUUAUUGAUUAUGUGAAUGACACAUGGUUGACACCGCACAGACAUCGAUUUGUCGAAGCAUGGAUCAAUCAAGUGUUACAUUUGGGCAACACCACAACAAAUAGGGUGGAGUCUGCGCAUUGGAAACUUAAGCAAAUGUUAGAGAAUAGCUUAGGUGAUUUAUGCAAAUGUUGGGAGGCUAUGAAUGACAAUAUCAAGAUACAAGUGGGCAACAUUAGAGUUUCAUUUCAGAAGAGUUUUUAUGAAGUUGAGCAUGCACACACUAGUCCUUUUUAUUCAAAUUUGCGUGGUUCAGUAUCAAGAGCUGCAUUGAGGCAGAUUGCUGAAGAGUGGUUGAGGAUUGACAUGGUAGGUACCGAUACGCAAAAGUGCGGAUGUACUCAUAGAAACGUAUAUGGGUUACCAUGUGCUUGUGAGUUAGGGAGAUAUACAUUGAGUGGUGAUGCGAUACCAAUUGAGGCUAUUCAUAUUCAUUGGAGAAAACUAAGUAUGGAAGGAAAUCAAGAUGUAGAUGCAGAUGAUGGAUCAGAAGUAGACAUGACAAAUGCAAUCGAUGAAAUUUGGAAAAGGUGGAGGUCACUAAAUGUUGUCGGAAAAAGAGCAUUAAAAAGCAGAGUGUGUGAGAUUGCUUAUUCGACUACAACAAAGAUGUGUCCACCGCCUGAAAAAAUUAAAACCAAAGGAGGGGUUAAGAAGAAAGUGAAGAGACCUGUGGGAUAUGAUGUUUAUCGUGAUCCUUCAGGAUAUGAGUAUGUUGAUCAAGCACAUUCGAGUUUGCAAAAAUCUUCAAAGAGGUUAUGUUCACAACUAUCCCAAACCUCAAAAAAUAAAGAAUUUGAUAAAUACAUUAUACAAUUUCCAGAUUACAUCAGACCAUUUAUUGAUGACAUUGUUGAUGUAAGAGAUGAUGGAAAUUGUGGGUUUAGAGCCAUUGCAUCUUUGCAUGGUUAUGGCACAGAUGGAUGGUCAAUGGUUCGUCGGGAUUUGGAGAAAGAAAUUAUAGGUCCUAGAAGCAAGUUGUAUGAGGAUUUAUUUGGUAAACGCCUUCCAACAGUGAGAUCAUCGUUGGUGAUAGAAACUUUAGGACAGCAACCACCAAAUAAAUGGAUGACGUUACCUGAGUUGGGCUAUGUAAUAACUAAUCGGUAUAACGUUGUUCUCGUCUCUUUAGGUCACCCUAGUUUGAGUUACUUUCCUAUGACGAGUGCACAUUCACCUAAUGCAUCCAUUUACUGCAUCGGAUUUUUCAAUGGAAAUCAUUGGGUUCAGGUAAACAUGAAUGAAGGAUUCCCGUUGCCACCUGUCACAAAUGAUUGGAAGAAAUAUCGCACAAAAGAUGCAACAUCUUGGAUGGUAGGAUUUGUCGGGCGGUUACAACAUUGGCAACGACUUACGCCUAUACUGCCAAACUAUGUCAGCUUGGUUUGA